GUUACAAGUACUUAUUUUCCGGAGCUAUUCACUCACGUAUCAGAAAAUAUGGAUCGUUUUAAUCCUCAAAAUACUCAGGAUGAGAACUUCUCUUACCUUGAAUAUUCGGGUGGCGAUACGCAAGCGUCACAAUAUGAUUAUAAUGAUUUUUCCAUUGAUUCAACAUUGAACUCUCAACAUACGAAUAAUUUAAUUGACGGAUCGCAAUCACAGUUCGUCGAACCUGAUUUAACGGGUGUUGGUGUUGACGAGAUUGAUCCCUUUCAAGACUUGACUACCGUUGAAGCACCUGAUCAUGCUUGCAGUAAAGACAUGAACUGGGAUACUUCACAGUGGCUUCCUCUCAUAGAUGAUCGAUGUUUUUUGCCAUGGCUUGUAAAGGUUCCUAGUGAACAAGAGCAGCUUCGUGCACGACAAAUUACUGCGCAUCAGAUAAACAAACUUGAGGAACUAUGGAAGGAUAAUACAGAGGCGACGCUUGAGGACUUGGAGAAGCCUGGUAUUGACGACGAACCUCAACCCGUUUUAUUGAGAUAUGAAGAUGCAUAUCAAUAUCAAAACAUUUUUGGACCGUUGGUUAAAAUGGAAGCAGAUUAUGAUAAAAAAUUAAAGGAGUCUCAGACGCAGGAUGAUAUUAUCGUUCGUUGGGAUUUAGGAUUAAAUCAAAAGCGCGUUGCAUGGUUCUACCUACCAAAGCUCGAGUCCGGGGUUGGUGAUGAGCUAAGGUUACGAUACAGAGGCGAAUUACAUCAAUCUUGGGAGUGUGUUGGACAUGUUAUCAAAAUACCUAAUAAUGUUAGUGAUGAAGUGGGUUUGGAAUUGCGCCGUAAUGACAAUACACCAGUAGACUGCACACACAAUUUUUCGGUAGACUUUGUAUGGAAGUCUACUAGCUUUGACAGGAUGCAGGCAGCGAUGAAAACAUUCGCCGUAGAUGAAACUUCUGUGAGCGGUUACAUUUACCACAAGCUCUUAGGUCACGAGGUUGAUUCGCAAGUUCUUAGAACUCAAAUGCCAAAAAGAUUUUCCGCACCACAUUUGCCAGAAUUAAAUCAUUCUCAGGUCUAUGCUGUAAAAAGUGUUUUACAAAAGCCUCUUAGUCUGAUUCAAGGUCCACCAGGCACCGGAAAAACUGUAACUUCGGCUACCAUCGUCUAUCACCUCGCUAAGAUGAACCCUGGGCAAGUAUUGGUCUGCGCACCAUCCAACGUUGCUGUAGAUCAAUUAACGGAGAAAGUCCACUUAACUGGAUUGAAGGUUGUUCGUCUUACCGCAAAAUCUCGCGAGGCAUUGGAUUCGCCCGUUUCAUUCCUUACUUUACAUGAGCAAGUGCACAACAAUGACACCAAUGUAGAAUUGCAGAAGCUCAUCCAGUUGAAGACUGAACAAGGUGAAUUAAGUAGUUCCGAUGAGAAAAAGUAUAAAAUGUUAAAGCGCGCCUGUGAAAGAGAAAUUUUACAGAAUGCCGACGUUAUUCUUUGCACAUGCGUCGGGGCUGGGGAUCCACGUUUGUCAAAGUUCAAGUUUCGUACCGUUCUGAUCGACGAAGCGACUCAAGCAACGGAACCAGAAUGCAUGAUACCACUCGUUCUCGGAUGCAAGCAAGCCGUUCUUGUUGGCGAUCACCAACAGCUUGGACCCGUAAUCAUGAACAAGAAAGCUGCCCGUGCAGGUUUAUGUCAGUCGCUUUUUGAACGGUUGGUUAUUUUAGGCAUCCGGCCUAUUCGAUUACAAGUUCAAUACCGUAUGCAUCCAUGUCUUUCGGAGUUUCCUAGUAAUAUGUUUUAUGAAGGGUCUUUGCAAAAUGGAGUUACAACUCAAGAGCGUUUGCGAAAAAAUGUGGAUUUUCCUUGGCCCGCGCCGGAAACUCCAAUGUUUUUUCACUCAAACUUGGGUCAAGAAGAAAUUUCAAGUAGCGGGACUUCUUACUUGAAUCGCACUGAAGCAUCAAAUUGUGAGAAGGUUGUGACUAAAUUCCUAAAAUCAGGAAUAUUACCUAAUCAAAUUGGAAUUAUUACCCCGUACGAAGGUCAAAGAAGUUACGUUGUCAGCUACAUGCAAUUUAAUGGUUCUUUACGAAAAGAUUUAUACAAAGAGAUCGAAGUAGCGAGCGUUGAUGCAUUUCAGGGUCGUGAAAAAGAUUAUAUUAUCUUGAGUUGUGUUCGAAGUAAUGAACACCAAGGUAUCGGUUUUUUGAACGACCCACGUCGUCUGAAUGUCGCUUUAACCCGAGCUCGUUACGGCGUUGUCAUACUGGGAAACCCGAAGGUCUUGAGCAAGCAUCCCCUAUGGCACCAUUUGUUGGUACACUAUAAAGAGAAGGAUUGUUUGGUGGAAGGUCCUCUAAAUAACUUGAAAGACGACAAAUUCCGGCAAGGGCUGUCACAUCAAAUUGAUGCUCGUGAGGCUUUUGCGAAGCCUCCAUUGGCCAGUGAAAACCGCCGCGGUACCCGCGCAUAUGAUCCCGAUUUUAUGAGGACGCACGAUCCUGUUGGUUAUAUUCCCUCGGAUAUGCCUUCGAUACCAGCAUCAUCUCAAUUCAGCAUUCCCUUGCUUCCGACUCCAAAUGGUCCGUUCACUCAAGAUUUAUCACAGAGUAGUGUUUCUAGUCGAAAAAAUUCCAAGCAACUUCAGAACUCAACGUACAAUGGAUACUCUAAUUCGGUUUCUUCACAAGGCCCUCUCACACAAAACGCAUAUAACAGUCAAGGGUCAAUGAGCCUCGCACUUUCGCAGUCUGAUCGUCUCCGGAUGAUGGAAAAUUCGAAUCCUUCAUUGGGCCACGGUUCACUCAUGUCUCAGGAUAGUUCGAUCGGAUAUUUGGACGAUUAUAAGAGUCAAGGGGAGGACACUAUCCUGAGCCAAGAUUUUGAGAUCCGAUCACAGACCGGAUAUCAGUCUCAAAGUUUUACUCAGUAUUAG